GAGGAAAGCUGCUCUCGCGGUGGCUUCUGAUGGAGAGUUCUUGGGAAUGCCCCCGCCAGCGGAGGAGUUGCUGGAGCUCGGCAUGCCAGACCUCGGCAGCGUCGCUGGCGGCCUGGGGCGGCAGGCGAUUUGCACCUUCAAGUCUCUGAUGAUUGCUGCCAUGAAGAUGUGCGCCUUCUGCUACAUCCUGGUGACCACAGCUGUGAGCAUGUACUGUGCCGUCUCCUACUCCUUGCCCUUGGCAUCGCUGAUCAUCGGCGUUGUAGAUGGCCUGGCCGCCGGCGUGGCAAAUGUGAAAGCCGUCCUCAACCGCUCCUGCCUGCCUGGGUACCUGCAGUCCAUCACCGUCUUCGUGACACUCCCAG